AUGUCUGUGAGAUCUUCCUUACCUUACAGUACACAAGACCUAUUUCCACAGGUGAAGCCUCACGGAAGUCCUUCGCGAGGAGGCGGAGGUAGUACAGCUGGUGGAAGCAUUGCAGGUGGCAGCUACACAGGCACAGCUGGUGGAUCAAGUUUCGCUGGAGGUGCUCAUGCCAACUACACUGGAAGCAGCUACUCUGGAAAUCCAGCCACGAAUGCUGCUCGCAAGAUGCUCAAGAGACUAUUCAAACCCACCACAUUAGAUUUUGAGACCGCAAUUUGGGAGAUCUUCCACCUCAUCAUCAACCCAAAGAAAAUGUACCGUUCACACUAUUACUACAAACAGCAAACGACCAAUGGUGGAAAAUUCAGUUACACCAGAGAUGAUCCUUCAUUCUUGAUUCUUCUCACUGUAUUUUUGUGCAUUAGUGCAAUUGCAUGGGGUAUUGCAUACUCUCCGACAGUCAUAGAUAUCGUGAGAUUGAUUCUCUACAUGGUUGUUGUGGAUUUCUAUCUAACCGGGAUGGUUAUUGCAACAGUAUCCUGGUUCCUCACCAACAGGUUGUAUAACAGUGACUUCUUGAGAAAUAACCCAUUCACCAGAGGAGGACUCGCAACUAGAGCCUCUGGCUCAAAUGGGUACAUUGAAUGGGGCUUCUGCUUCGAUAUCCACUGCAACUCGUUCUUGAUCAUAUGGUGUUUGCUCUACAUGUUGCAAUUCUUGUUGCUCCCAUUGUUGAGAAUAAAGGGUUCCAUUAUCUCCUUAUUGUUGGGGAACACCUUAUAUUUUGCAUCAAUUGGAUACUAUUUCGUCAUGAGUCUUUACGGUUUCAGCUCAUUGCCCGGUCAAAGAAAUGGUACUGAUCCAGUUGGCUCACUCCAAACGGUGGUGCUUGCUGGUGUAUUGCCAUUGUUGGGAAUUGCGUGGUUGAUUACAGUGUGUUUCGGUUUCAAUGUGGCAGAUGCAAUGGUGGAUACUUAUUUUAACUGA